CGCCCAUAGUGCGCGCGUGCGCGCGUGCGCGUGUAUCCGUGUUGACGGGUAGUGAUGGCUCCAGGCCCCAAACGUGUGUAAGUAAGACUCCUGGCAUCGACGAUCAUGAUGAUGGUGAUGAUGACGACGACACAAGGAUGAUAACGGCCGUGUGCCGCAGAAGGAACGGGCGUGGCGUCGCGUACACGAGGCAGGCCACCUGUUUACGCACAGAGGAGAGAAAACGAGAUCGUCUCGAGUUUCGCCGCCGCGAUUCCCUGGAUCUGGGGAACUCCAUGUGGGCGGCGUCCGUCCGCCGGUCCGUCCGUCCGUACGCCCGUUCGGCGUUUUUCUUCUUCUCCAUCGUUGCAGCAGCGCUCGCACCCGGCGUUCGUGAGCUAGGGAGAGACGGGGGAGGGCAAGGGAGAGAGAGAGGAGCGAAGGAACGGACGCGCUGCUCUCGGACGUUACGGGAAACCCGUGAAACCAUCCAACGAUCCAACUGGACGUGCUAUCUGUCUCUCACGAUCGUCCGACCGUUGUUUCUUUUUUUUCGCCUGCUACUGCACGUACUCCUUUGGACGUGCGGGCGGUCAGAUAAACAGCGCCCUUUUCUUACUUCUGCCUCCCCCCUCCCCCCCCCUCUUGUCGAAACCUGGCGAGGCUGACCACACGUAGGGGAGAGAGAAGGGGCUGAGCGCAAACGGUUGUCGGGCUUCCAUCGCGUUCCUGCUCGAGCGCGGAAAGAUGUU